AUGAUUGUCAACUUUACUCGAUUGGCCGUGAGGAUAUGGUGCACAUAUUUCUUUCUGGGCUCGCUUGCCUUAGGCGCAGCUGGCGGCAGGGGUGACUUGUUGUUGGCGGCUGGCGCUGCACCUCCGGUUCAUACUGAUGUAAGUUGUUUGACUUAAUAAGGCACGAACUUUUUGCAACGUAUUUUACUACAAAUGGGCCAGAGCCUAUCGCAAACCUCGGCUAGGUGCCUUUACUUUACAGAUCUCAUUUACUGUGGUUUAGCUUUACAAUAUUUUUUGAUACUAUAGGCUUGCUAGUAAGACCAAAAAAACUUUAAAAUAUUGAAAUCUGUAAAUUCUCUAAACUUUUUGACCACUAUUUUCAUAUUUCGUUUACAGAAUGGCCGAAUGGCUGGAGGGGUCCGAGCAGUAGCAAUGAAUGGAGCAGAGAUAUCUGAUGGUAUCUUGCCUGAUGAUUACGAAGCAGUGGAAGAAGAUUGGGCUGAGCCUGUUCUGAACUACAAAGGUACCAAGAAAAAGCAGAGGAAAGAGUUGAUGCAGUCGGAAAUCGACAAAGAUGACAUUUUUCAACAAGGGUAAGGCUUGUCGAAAAGUUACUCUAUUUUACAGUAUUAUUAAAAGUUCUUAAUUUUUUGAAUAUUUAAGGUAAUUUUAACUACUUUUAAAGCACGGUGGUUGCUUUACGGUUAAAAUUUUUUAAACUUCGAAGGAAAGUGCUUGACCUGCCCCGCUCUGAUUGACUUCAAACUUUUAUAUAAAUAGAUUAUGUAAAUAUAAGAUCUUCAGCAAAGUACUAACUCACACUUUCUAGGAAAUGUAAAAAAAAUUUACGUUUUGAAAUUCUGCUAAAUUUGCAUUGUGUUUCAAGCUUAUAAUUUUGUCACUUUUUGACUUUUAGGAGUUUUUUUUUGAUAUACUAGCAGAAAAUCUUUAAAUAAACCUAUAUUUUUAAAUUUUUAAGCGUAGGUUUUCUGCAAAGUUGAAAAAAGUAUUUGAAACACAAUGCCAAAUUUGCCAAAUUCGCGGAAAUCUCAAAUAUUUAAAUUUUAAAAAUCGAAAGCUGAGUUAAAAUUUUCUACGUGCAUUAGUCGUGGUUCAAAGAACGUAUAUAAAAAUUUUAAGCUGGUUUUAGGCGAGGCAGGUUGGUCACUUUCUUUUUUAAAAAAUUUUAAAUUUAAAUUUUUUUUGAAAAAGAAUGGCGCAUUUUCAAACAAAAAAAAUUUAAAAUGUCAUUUUUAACCCAACAUCAAAUAAAAAUGAAACAAUUGACUUUCCUUUCACGCCACCCACAACUGUUUAAAAUGCUUUCCAUGUUCUGAUACUAUAAACAUUACUUCUCCGGCUGAAUACUGUUUAUUUAACCGCACGUACUCUGUCAAUUAAUGACAGUUACACUGUACUUUCUCUCUAAUUGCUUGAUUUCGAUUUUUAGCGCGGCUAUGUUCAGUACGGGAGCUUUCGGGUAUGUACGAUAGGUAUAGUGUGUACAGCCCUCAUGUCGUUUUAAUAUUGUACUUGGUUGAUAAUAGAGUACUUGAUAGUGUUUUAGGUUGGUAGUUGAGUAUUGUGUUGAUCUGAUUUUUAGUUUUUGAAUUGAGUUUAUAUAAGUUAUGGUUUUUGUGAAGGAGAGGGGAAAUGUUUAUGUUGUAGCAGAUAGAGUUGACGAAAAAAAUAUUUUUUGUUGGUAUUAACAAUAGUUUGUUAAAUUGAAAAAGAUAUCAAUGAAGAAUAACAUAAUCAUUGAAGAUACCAAGUUUUGUAUGUAUUACUUACUUAGUUUUAAAGAUAUGUACUGUCAAAGUGAUUAUAUUGUAGUAUCCGGCUGUUCAAAUAAUUAUGAGCUUCCUUCGAAACUAAUUUUCGAAGUUAGGGGCACAGAAUUAUUUGAACAACCUAAUAGAUCAUUACGUGUCAAAGUUGCUAUGCCACCCUAUCUUUUUUUUAAACAUUAAAGACAAACCUUAUAGAUAUUGUACUUGGUUGACUAAUGAAACUGUCAUUUUAUUUGAGUUGUGGUUGUAUUUUUUAGAGAAACACGAGAUUUCUUGGCAUUUCUACGACGAAUCAAAUACGAUCAUCGACAGUGUCCGAUCAACGAUGGUGGGCCGGUUUUCAUCGACGUGAGCAUAGUCGUGAGCAAUAUCAGAGCUGUUUCUGAGGUUACUAUGGUAAGUGUUUUUAUUACACUACUUUAACUUACUUUACCUUACCUUACCAUAAUUUAAGCUACCUUACUCUACCUUACCUUAACCCUACCUUGCCCUACCUUACCCUCCCUACCCUACCCUACCCUAUCCUACUAUACCCUGCUAUACCUUUCCCUAUCCUACUAUACCCUACCUCAUUAUAUCUUACCGUCUGGAGCCUACGCAUUUCUUCUUUGUCGUAUAUUAUCCUACUUCACUCCACGUUACUCUAUCGUACCUUAUCGUAUUUUUAUUUACUUUACCCUAACUUAGUCUUUCUUAUCCUAACUUUUCUUUGAAGAGAGAUAACAUUAAAAAUGGCACAACAUGACUUCAAUGUUGAUAUAUUUAGGACUACGCCCUCGAGAUGUUCUACAGGGAAACCUGGACAGAUGAUCGUCUUGAUUAUGACAAAUCUUUAUUCAAAAACAAAACUGAGAUUUCGCUGCAUGAAAGUUACACCAAUUUCCUGUGGCAUCCAGAUACGUUUAUGCCAAAUGCUAUAGCUUCAAAGAAUCCCCAGAAACAGUCCAUCUCUCAUCGUUCUUUGUUGAGGCUACAAGAAAAGGGUAGGAUUCUGUACAGUCGACGGAUCUCUGUUGUCGCUGAGUGUCCUAUGGAUCUUGUUUUGGUAGGUUUGGGGUGUUAACAUGGAACGUUUAAGUGUUAUAAUGGAAAGGUUUAUAUUGAUUUUGGCAAUGUUAUACUACUUUAAUUAAGAUUUUUUAACAUUUUAAAAAUUUUUCAUAAAUCAAAAAAAAAUUAUAAUGUUUCAGUUUCCAUUCGACACCCAGAUCUGCAAGUUGGGUAUAGAAAGCUAUGGUUACACGGCUGAUCAAGUCGUUUAUCAAUGGUCGAAAGGCUCAAUCGAUGCUUUGAAGUUGAGUAAAAUAAGGUUGCCAGACUUUCAAGUGAAAGAAGCCUAUGUUGUUAGUCAAAUCGAGAGCUAUGCUACUGGUAAGUCAUACCGAAAUGAGCAUUUUCUUAAAUUUUUUAAAGUUAAAGAGGGUAGGGUAGUGUAAGGUUGAGUAGGUUAGGGUAGGAUAAGGUUGAGUAGGUUAGGGUGGGGUAAGAUAAGGUUGAGCAGGUUAGGGUAGGGUUUAGAUCUACAAAUUAAAGUUUUAAGAUUAUCCGCUACUUAAAUCUCGAAUUGAUAUAUUGUAUUUUACAAAAAAUAACUUUUAGGAGACUACAGUAGACUAUACGUAUGUUUCGUAUUUAACCGAGCUUCUGGCUUCUGUUUCCUACAACUUAUUAUACCAUCGACAGCUGUAGUCAUCACUUCUUGGGUAGCUUUAUGGAUGGAAAGCGAAACUGAAUUUCAGGUAAUUCGAUGUUUGAUCUUUUAUAGAUGAUGUCAAUAUAAAAUUGGCUUAUAUAGAUUUGUAAAAUACGCUUUCUCCAAUUCUUCUUCUGCUAAUAAAAACAAUAAUAGGAUAAGAUUUUAGGAUAUGAUAUCAAUUAUCUUGGCAAUCACGUUUUUGAUUUUUUCGUACAAUGAAAUGAUGCCUAGGGUCAGCUACUUGAAGGUAAGUUAAAGUUUUUUUCAGCUUCUUGAACGUAUGUUAAACUACCUCAGCCAUAUUAUAUUUGUAAUUCAAAGUUAAAUAACUUUAGUUUAUAACACAGGUGUUAAAAUUUAUUUGAAAUUUCAGGCUUUGGACAUUUGGCUAGCCGUUUGCUUUAUGAUUGUGUUCUUGUCAUUGAUCAAAUUGGCUCUGGUCAAGUUUAUGCGACAAAAACUGAACCGACAGUAAGUCAAAAACUGAAUUGAUAGUAAGAUAAUAUUUAAUUCACUCGGCUUUUUGGUAUUGUUAUCUGAAUUUCUGAAUUCACCAAAGCCUGGUUAAAAAAUGUUUUAGGAAAAAAAUUUUAAAUUUAGGCUAAACUUUUUAUACUAGACUUGAAACACGCCCACUAGGCCCGGCCUCGGCUUGACCCUGAACAUGUUGGCUCAAGGGUCGGGCCCAAGUUAAAGCUCAAGGCCCAGCUUAGGUCCCGCAAUAAAGGAUCGGGGCCUGGUCGGACCGAAGCAAAUUUGGAAAUAGCCGGGCCGGAAAAUUGGGCUCGGUUUCUUUAUUAGGUACUUCCUAAUCUUUAUGAGGGUAGGAAGGACUCGUUAGGGCGAAGAUUUAAAAAAGUUUUAAAUUAUUGAUUUUAGAAGAGCUCGAGAAGCAAGUGUGUUGGCUUCAAUGAUGCCAGGAAUCAGGGCCAAUUCAAUUGCCACAAAUACGAUCGUCCAUGAAAAUGGUGGAACUUUAAAUGGAGCACCAGUUAAUCAUGAAGAUCUAAAGUAUGUUAUAUAAUAUAUACCACAAAAUCAUAACAAUGACGUAUUUUACUUUAAAAAUUCAAAAUAAUUACCAAAAAUUAUAAAUUUAUAUGUAAAUUUUGGCUAAAAAACUUUAAAAGAUGCUCUGUAGAAAUAUUUUUAAUAGUAAAUAUGGUUUUAGUUCCAACCUUAACACGGCGACUCUAAUCCAACGUUCAUCCCCUCCCUAUCGGUCGUGUUCAGUGCAAUACACAGCCAUACCUAUAAUGUCGAGUGAUCAUCAGAGCUCCAAAGUCAAGGUCGAUCUAUUCGGACAGCUAAAACGAACCGGUUUUCUCAAAUUGUUACCUAAAUUCACAUUUACAUCUCAAACUAUGCAUCGCUUUCAUUGGAUCACACAGGUAGGGCGGGGUAAAAUACGGGGGCUUUUGUGGGAUUGUCUAAAGAUAGUUGUAGGUAAUGUAUAUGUUAGGUUGUUUAAAUAAUUGUGUGCCUUCUAGCUUUAAAAUUUUUUUUGAGAAGGGGCACUUAAUUAUUUCAAAAACUUGGCCGAAAGCCACCUCUUACCCUUUAUGGGUAGGGUUAGUAAUAGUAGAUCAGUUUUUUACUUUACAUUACUUCUAUGUUCAGAUGAUGUUCUUCUUCGGGUUUGUCACCUUCGCUCUACUUUACUUUCUACUCUACCCCAACUUACAUUACACUUCGAUGGACCCAGCGUGCGACAAAACGAAAGCGGAAUACUUUGCACCGAUACUGUAA